AUGGUGUGGGAACAGUUGACAGUCAACAAGCCGCAUUGGGCGUACCUGAUCAUAGGAGGCUUUACCAGUCUCUUCAUGCUGGUAUCACUGUUCGUGAAGGAAAGACUAUACAUUGGAGAAGCUACCGUUGCAACCAUAUGUGGUGUUAUAUUUGGGCCUCACGCCGCAAACUUAUUCAAUCCUCUCACAUGGGGAAACACGGAUCAGAUCACUCUAGAGUGCUCGCGUGUUGUUCUCGUGGUCCAAUGCUUCGCAGUUGGUGUCGAGUUGCCGAAGGCAUAUAUGGAGAGGCACUGGAGAUCUGUGGUAUUCUUGCUGGUGCCUGUGAUGACAUUCGGAUGGCUCGUCACGAGCCUCUUCAUCUGGUGGAUGAUCACACCUUUGAGCUGGCUGGAAAGUCUUAUGUGUGCUGCUUGCGUCACGGCCACGGAUCCAGUCUUGGCUUCAUCUGUGGUUGGCAAAGGUAAAUUCGCAAAACGAGUGCCAAAGCAUCUUCGAGACUUGCUGUCUGCUGAGUCGGGAUGUAAUGAUGGCAUGGCAUUUCCGUUCAUCUAUCUGUCCUUCUACUUGAUUCACUACCGCCCGAAUGCUAAUGAAGUUGCAUAUCACUGGUUUUGCGAGACGAUCUUAUACGAGUGCGUCUUCGGUGCUACAUAUGGAGUCCUUAUCGGCUAUAUUGGCCGCCACAUGAUUAAAUGGGCAGACAGAAGAGGAUUGAUUGACAGGGAAAGCUUCUUGGUGUUCUACUUCGUCCUCGCUCUGUUCUGUGCCGGUACUGGAGCCACACUCGGCACCGAUGAUCUACUUGUUGGCUUUGCGGCUGGGGUGGGAUUUAGCAACGAUGGAUGGUUUACGGAGAAGACCGAAGAAUCACAUGUUUCCAACGUCAUUGAUUUAUUACUCAAUUUAGCAUAUUUUGUCUAUUUGGGCUCCAUCAUACCUUGGCAGCAAUACAAUGCACCGCUACUUGGCCUGACCCCGUGGAGACUUGUUGUCAUUGCCAUCUUCGUCAUCUUCUUCCGACGAAUACCCAUCAUGCUGGCGCUCAAGCCCCUAAUUCCGGACAUCAAGACUUGGAGAGAAGCAUUAUUUGCUGGUCACUUUGGUCCAAUUGGCGUGGGUGCCAUCUUCGCAGCUAUUCUCGCAAGAGCAGAACUGGAAACCGAUACCACUACGCCUCUGGGUGUUGUACCAACAAAUCCGGAUACCGAGAACUAUCUCGUUGUCCAAAUCAUCUGGCCACUUACUACCUUCUUGGUCAUAACUUCAAUCCUCGUUCAUGGAUCAUCCAUUGCUGUGUUCACCCUCGGAAAGCGCAUCAACACUCUGACGCUCACAAUGUCCUACACCCAAGCCAAUGAAGAUGGUCCAUCAUGGAUGAAUAGACUCCCAAGAAUUCAAUCUACUUCGAAGGCCUCGAUGUCAAAGAACAAAGACGACUUGGCGAGCGAGGACUCUUCGAACGAAAAGCUUCCAGAGUAUGCACCGGGAACGUUACCGCCGAUUGGAGUUCCAGGCAACUUUCUCCGCCGACAAAAGGAAGAGGACACUCCCAUUGAAAAGCCUCGACCAACUCGAAGAAGGUCAAGAUGGGAAUCUGGCAUGGGUCCAGGUGGGCCGAUCAGUCAGUCUGCAAUUGCGCCACAACGGAGAACAGGCAUUACGAGUCCUAGUGAGAGCGUGGACGAUACCCUCAACGAGAAGGACAGCCCAUCCGGUAGCGGAGAAAGCGAUGGACCUCCCAACCAGCUCGAGAUGGAAGACGCCCAGGAGAAGCGCGAAGAGAAGGAGGAGAGAAGUGGCUCUAAAGAGAUUCGAGAACCAAAGGUUGAAGCAUACGAAGAGGGUGACCAAUUGGUUGUUGAAGACGAGGAAGGAGAAAUCCUGGCCAUUCACAACGUCGAAGGCGAAUCCGAUGACCAAAAGCGGCAGCACAUUCUCGAUGAUGAGGCAGCCCUGCGGCAGGAAACGAGUGGUGAGCACGCCAAGGGCAAAUUUCAUCCACAUGAGAGCAGAACAGAAGGCGAGGAGUUGGAGCAGAUUUUUUCGGAAGGGGCCGGACAUCCUGGCGAGACGUCAAAGAGGUUCUUGAAGAAGUUAGGCGACGGAUGGGACGGAUGGAGGGGAAAGGACAAGGAAAAGGAAGCCGCUGGCCCUUCAGACCCAAAGCCCAAGCCCAAGCUCAAGCCCACGCCGAAGGCCCCCGAGCAUAAACGAGGCCCAGCCCACGCAUAUCAAUUCGGCAAUACUAUCAUCGUCGAAGAUGAAGAUGGCGAGGUCGUCAAGAAGUACGAUCUCCCGCAUCAGCCGAAACAAAGGGGUGGUGUCCGAGGAGGUGUGCAAGAUGGCGCCGGCCAUUUCAACGCGAAGCCAAUGCUGAAACGCGCCGGUACAUGGGUAGGCAUCGGAGGAAAAGCCGAAGAAACACCUCAGGGUGAGUCAGCAGCAGAGGCGAGCGGCCAUGGAAAGAAAGGUCGAAAGCAAGCCUCCGUAGACACAGAUGAUGAUCGCAUCCGUUUCACUGCUGGUGGCCGCCGCUUGAGCAAGGCGGAUUUCAUCAAGCAAAUCCAAGCUAUGGAUCCUAAAGCACAGGUGCAAGCUGUCGAAGAAAGCGAUGCCCCCGAAGACGUCAAGCAAGAAGUUCGGGCUGGUGCAGGAGACGCGUUCGAGGACGCUCGCUCUUCGACGAGAUCACGACCGGAUUCCAAGCGCGCUGCUGGACAACCAACAAUGUCGCCUGUCGACGAAGGACACCAGUCAGACGAAGCAAUGCCUGUGGUCAGAAGAUUUAGUACUACUGAAGACAGACCAAAAGGCCCGGAUGGUCUGACUUUGAUCGACUCCAAAAAUCAAGACAUACCCUUCCACCCAGUCUCGGAAAGUAUCCAAAAAUAUGGCGGGGAAGAAACCGCAGCCCAGCGACGUCGGCGCCUUGCUCUCGCACGCAAAGAUUCCGACGACGAUGGAACGGAACGCGUCCCACCUCAUACGACGGGUCCAGGUCCUCUGCUCAGAAAUCCUAUGUCAAGCGUAGGGGCAUCUAUGCCACAGGAGGAACCACAAGGCGAGACGGCAGCGGAACGAAGAAGACGAUUAGCAGCUUUAGGCGAAGGCGAUGAAGGAGAGCGGCAAGACAGCAGUGACAGUGAAGACGAUGGUGGGGAGAGAAGACCAGCUACGGGACAUACGCCUAUGCCCGAACCGAGUGCCACUGAGGCUAGGAGACCGCCCGGUAUUAGAUUUGCGGAUUCACCAGCUGUAAGUCAGGGGAGAGUGCAGUGGGGAGAUGAUGUAGGGAAGAAGGGGAGGAGAUGA